AUGUCGGAUUAUUACUACGGAAGCGAUGAAAACGACUGGAACGACGGAUGUGAUUUCUUCAACGAGGAGGUCGUUCUCAAAAAACGGAGUGAGGAAGAAAAGGGGAAGGUGUUCGAUUUGGAUCAAUAUCUGGAGUCAUCGGAACCGAUCUAUGACGACGAUGGAGAUAUUGACUGGUUACUUCCUCAAGAAGAGGAAAUUGAUAUUUCGAGUCCAACUCGCUUUGUGUCAAAUGAACGAGUGCCAGAGUCAACUACUCAGCAAGAGGCUCAACUAGGAAGUUAUGGCUCAGCGGACUGGGAAAGCCAAGUCAACUUUACCAUGCAGUAUCCAGAUGGAAAUUCCUAUUCAGGGGACUGCUACUUAGCUCCAAGCCGUGAUGUCUAUGAUGUUUCUCUAUGGGAAGAAAAGGAAAUUCUUAUUUCGAGUCCAACUCGUUUUGUGUCAAAUGAUCGAGUGUCAGAGCCAAUCGCUCAGCAAAAGGAGUUCGAGCAUUACGAAAAAUCCCGGAAACAACAGGAGUACGCAGUCCAGCAGUAUCCAGUAGGAUGUCAGGGCUCAGCGGCAUGGGAACGCCUGGACAACUUCACCAUGCAGUAUCAAGAUGGAAAUUCCUAUUGGGGGGACAGCUACCCAGCUCCAAUCUAUGAUGUCCAAUGCGUCCAGGUUCAAAAUCAGGAUUACCCUGUGCCUUCUAUUCCUACUGCAGAGAAUUUGUACUCAGAGAACCGAGAACCUGCUCCAAACCAUGAUCAUCUUGAUCUCCCAAUAGCCCCUUGUCCAAGUCAACCUCUUGCACCGCUGAAGCAACCUAGAUUCAUCCUUGUCAGCCCCAAGUCAAGACGACGACUUCAAGCCGUCCGGAAGUCUAGGUCACUAUACACAAUCCCUUUACGGACAACUCAAAAACGAGCGAGACGAAAUCUCCCCCCGGUUACAGAAUCCACUGUGGAAGUGACGAUUUGGAGAAACGAGAAUGGUAAAAUGCAAAAAGAAUUACCGGUUCGACCACCCUUUUCAUAUCGGACACUCGCUAACUUGGUGUGUCUCAACUCGCCGAGCAGAAGUGUGUCUCUCCAAGAAGCAUACUCCUUUGUCUUACACCACUUCCCUUAUUAUCGAUUCAUUGAACAAAACUCGUGGAAAAGUACGUUGCGGAAGAUUAUGUGUAGAGGGGAACUAUUCGUGAGAGUGUUCAAAGAUGACUCCAGGGAGGUGUUGUACGAAAUGAAAAACAAGAAUGUGGAUGGUGUUGGAUAUACAGACUAUGAGAUGGAAUGGAUCAAUCAGGAUCGAAGAGACAUAGAUUUCUUCCGCAGAAUGCAACGUGGACAACUCGGACUUCCACGACAACUAUUCUACAGCGUGAUCGGCCUCGGGUGCCCAAAAUUGGCAGGACCAGAGAAUUCUGCGCUGUUCUACCAUCUUUGGUCCCUCGGACAUCGCUUCGACAACAUCACGAAUCUAUUCAAAAGCCAUAAGACGGAGUUCACUGGGGAGGAGCCAGUAUUCGAUGAAGAGCGUGUCUUCCUUAAUCUGACGAACAAUCAUAGAAUACAUGUGGACAAGAAAUGGGGAUACGGUGUGAAUAUGGAGGAUGGACUGGAAUGGUCAGAGAGGGACAGUGCUCUGUUCUUCAAGAAUAUUUUAUGGUAUUUCAACGAACAAAAAGAAAUGAAACGAAGGAAUCUGCCGAAUUGGGCGACGCCUUCAUUAGUGAGAGAAAAUAUUCCAAGAGAUCAGAAUGUGGAUCUAAAUACUGUAAACAUGUAA